AUGAAGCCACGAGAUCACUCGCGCACUCACUCGCGCACACAUUCGCGCACAGUCACUCCCCAUCUCGACUUAGCCCCAGAAGCCUCAAACCACGCACGCCUAAAUGGUGCCAUCUCGGCCGGGGGAAGCUCCUAUUCAACCCCGCGCCGAUCUUACGAAUCCGGCAGUGAAUCUGAAGAGGCGGUGCGCGACGCGAUUAGAGACGACGACGACCGUGGCAUUGAGGAGACUCUUGAACGGCUUGGCUUUGGCGCGUACCAAUGGCGUCUCUUCGCGCUCUGCGGUUGCGGAUGGAUGAGCGACAACAGCGCCCUCCAGUGUAUCGCAGUCGUGCUUCCCCGCGUCCGCGUCCACUUCAAUCUCGGAAGCGAGAUCGCCGGUCUUCUCAGCGCCAGCAUGAUGGCCGGGAUGAUGCUUGGCGCAGUUGGGUGGGGCGUCGUCUCUGAUAUCCUCGGACGCGCUCUUCCCUUCCACUCCACGCUUCUCCUCACCGCAAUCUUCGGCAUUGCAGCCAGCUUUGCGCCAAACUUCUGGGCGCUGUGCCUCUGCAUGUUCUUCUUGGGUACGGCGGUUGGUGGCUCCAUGCCAACAGACGGAACUCUCUUCCUUGAGAACCUUCCCCACUCUAAGCAGUAUCUCUUGACCCUCCUGUCAGUCUUCUUCUCCUUUGGGGCCGUCCUGGCAUCGGGCGUUGGAUAUCUCCUUCUGCCGUCCGCAAGUUGCCGUCAUCACGACUCGUGUGACUUUGAGAACGGGGCAAACAACGGGUGGCGCCAUGUUCUCUUUACAUUGGGAGCUAUUAACCUUGCCUGCGCCAUUGCCCGCAGCCUCUUGUUCCGGCUGCACGAGUCGCCCCGUUAUCUAGUCUCAUCUGGACGCGACAAGGAGGCAGUCGUCGUUCUCCAAGCCAUCGCCGACUACAACCGGCACUCCAUGGACAUUGACCAUAAUGACGUGCGAGUGUCGCAGGCAGCUGGCGAGUCUGGCGUGUCGGUCAUGUCAAACCUGUCCGGGGCCGAAGAGGCCCGCGCGCUCAUCCCGCCCUCAGACGAACCAAUCAUGUCACCUCCGGCAUCCCCUAUGGCGCCUAUAAGCCCGCUCUCUCCACUGUCUCCCCUCACUCCACGAUCGCGGAGUAGCCGACGCGGCGGGCGUUCGAAGCCCAGAUUCGACUGGCUGCACGACUGGCAGAAGCAGAUGGCCAAGCUGUUCUCGCCGCGGUGGCGCCGGACAGUCAUCCUCAUGUGGAUCAUCUGGGGUCUGAUGGCGUUCGCGUACACCAUGUUCAACGUAUGGCUGCCGAGUGUGCUUGAGAGCCGCCAGGGGGAUGAUGACAACGCAAUUGAGGGAGCUCUGAAAGAAUACGUCUUGUACGCGGUUGCGGGCUGCCCGGGCUCUGUGAUGGGAGCAUGGAUGGUUCAGACCAAACUCGGCCGCCGCAAGAGCCUUGCGCUGUGCACGUUAGCGACAGGCCUGGCUAUGCUCGCCUUUAUCCGCGUACGCUCCAAGGUCGCCAGCACGAUCAGCUCCAUGUUGAUCUCGUUGACUGGCACAGCCAUGUACGCUGUGCUCUAUGGCAUGACUCCCGAGACGUUCGGCACGAGCAUCCGCGGGACAGCGUGUGGCACGUCGGCAGCGCUCUCACGUCUUGCAGGUGUGAUUGCGCCUGUCGUUGCUGGAGUGCUUCUGGCGAUCCAGCCAACGUUGCCGUUGAUCGUCACCGCCGCCGUCUACGGUGUAACUGCUUUCAGCGCGCUCCUGCUUCCAAAGAGCCGCGUUACUCGUGGGUCUGGUGGUGGACAGAUGCACUAG